GGCGGGACAGGAGAGUCGGACUCGAAUGAACAGCUCCGGGAUGAACAGCACCCGAGCAACGGCACCUCUGUCACCGGGGCUGAGUGGCACCCCGCCGCGCUCCCCUCUGUCACCCGAGAAGACCACCUUCCAGUCUCCGGGGUCCCUGUCGUCAGGUGCGUUCUCCCCUUUGCACGCCAAGGGUUCCGCUCAUCAGGCCAAACGGGCCCCCGGUCCUUUGAAUUCAUCCAACCCGUCCAUCAUGAGCUCUCCAAAACUCUGGCAGAAAGCGUCCAUCUCUAGACUCGCCGAGGAGUUUUUCUGGAUCGGUGGCAGCGUGGUCGCGCAGCCCAAAUGGAGACUGGGCCAGAUAGUGGAGAGGUGUAUGUGCACCAUGCAGACCGGCACUCACAUGACCAAAAUGAAGGGCAAGAAGAAAGGACUGGUCCGAUUCUUUUACCUGGACGAGCACAAGUCCUGCAUCCGAUGGCGGCCCUCCAGAAAACAUGACAAGGCCAAAAUAACCAUUGAUUCCAUCCACGAAGUCUGUGAGGGGAAAAGGUCGGAGGUCUUCAGGCGGUAUGCAGACAACCGCUUCGACCCAAACUACUGCUUCAGCAUUUACUACGGGGAGAGAGUGAAGUCUCUGGACCUGGUCUCCACCAACGCAGAGGAGGCCCGCACGUGGAUCACUGGGCUGACGUACCUCAUGGCUGGCAUCAGCGACGAGGACAGUUUGGCCCGGAGGCAGCGCACCCGCGAUCAGUGGUUGCAGCAGACUUUCUCCGAAGCGGACAAAAACGGAGACGGCGCCUUGAGCAUCGGAGAGGUUCACCAGCUGCUCCACAAACUCAACGUGAAUUUACCAAAGCAGAAAGUCAGGGAGAUGUUUCAAGAAGCAGACACAGACGACAACCAGGGCUCUCUGGCCUUUGAAGAAUUCUGUUUGUUCUAUAAGAUGAUUUCCACACGCAGGGACCUCUACCUGAUAAUGAUCUCCUACAGCAAUCAGAAGGAAGUCAUGGAUCUGCAUGACAUUGCACGCUUUCUGGAAAACGAACAGAAGAUGCGAGGAUUGGCCAAAGAGUAUUUGAUCGAUAUAGUGGCCCGGUUUGAACCCUGUCCUGAGAACCUGCAGCGUACGGUACUCGGUAUUGAUGGUUUCACCAACUACAUGAGGAGCCCUGCAGGGGACAUUUUCAACCCUGAGCACAACCACGUGAACCAGGACAUGACGCAGCCUCUGACUAACUACUUCAUCGCCACUUCGCACAACACCUACCUGACGGGAGACCAGCUGCUCUCUCAGUCCCGCGUGGAAAUGUACGCCUACGUUCUCCAGGCAGGUUGUCGCUGUGUGGAGGUGGACUGCUGGGACGGGCCCGACGGGGAGCCUAUCAUUCAUCACGGCUACACCUUGACAUCCAAAAUUCUCUUCAAAGAUGUCAUUGAAACCAUUAACAAAUACGCCUUCACAAAAUCCCCGUACCCAGUGAUCUUGUCCAUAGAGAACCACUGCAGUGUGCCUCAGCAGAAAAAGAUGGCUGAGUAUCUGAGAGAAGUGCUGCAGGACAAACUGGAUCUUUCAAGUGUCAAUGUGCACGAAUGCAAGAAGCUGCCUUCCCCCGAGAUCCUGAAAGGAAAAGUCCUUGUCAAGGGGAAAAAACUGCCAGCAAACCUCGAUCCUGAUGCAGAGGAAGGUGACGUGUCUGAUGAAGACACCGGUGGUGAGGAAGAGGAGGAAGGCGAAGAUGAUAGUGACAACUCAGAGGAGGGGGGCAUCAUUAACUCUACCAAUCAAACCAAAAAGAACUCGCGAUUUGGCAGUUCCAUCAUGAGGAGCUUCAAACGAAAGAGAAAAAAGAGAAUAAGAGUAAGAAGCAAGACAAUGUCUGAUGGCGAGUCUGACCAGAGCAGCAUCAAGGAGAGAACAAAGAUUGUUUAUCAUCCCAAGAAGAGGAAAACCAUGAGGUUGUCCCGCGCUCUGUCCGACCUUGUCAAGUACACAAAAUCUGUCCGUGUGCAUGACAUAGAGACACAAGCGUUUGCAAACAGUUGGCAGGUAUCGUCCCUCAACGAGACCGUCAUGAACCAGAUCUUACACCUGAAGCCGGGGGAGCUGGUCCGUUUCAACCAGCGGCAACUCAUGAGAGUCUAUCCCUCCAACUACAGAGUGGACUCCAGCAACUUCAACCCACAGCCCUACUGGAACGCAGGAUGCCACAUGGUUGCAAUGAAUUAUCAAACAGAGGGCCGUAUGCUUGAGCUGAACCAAGCCAAGUUCUCGAGCAAUGGAAACUGUGGAUAUAUUCUAAGGCCUAAGUGUAUAAGUAAAGCUUCCUUUAACCCCAUGUUGGAGGAUCCUCUACCAGGACAGAGGAAGACGCAGCUGGUGUUGAAGAUCAUCAGCGGGCAGCAGCUUCCCAAACCCAAAGACUCAAUGUUUGGGGACAGAGGAGAGAUUAUCGAUCCUUUCGUUGAGGUUGAGAUAAUCGGCCUUAACGUAGAUUGUUCCAAGCAGCAGACCAGGGUGGUGGAUGACAAUGGUUUCAACCCGAUGUGGGAGGAGACCCUCGUCUUCAACAUUCUAAUGCCACAGAUUGCACUGGUGCGUUUCCAGGUGUGGGACCACGAUCCUAUUGGACGUGAUUUCAUUGGACAUAGGACAGUUGCUUUCAGGAGUAUGAUGCCAGGUUAUCGGCACGUGUACCUGGAAGGAAAGGCAGAGUCAUCCAUCUUUGUCCACGUCGCUAUCAAUGAUAUAACCGGAAAGAUGAAACCCACAAAUGCGGUGCAUGCGGCCAGAAAACACUUCCAAAAAGCAGCCCAGAAGCACAUGAAGGGCCCCCAGAGGCACCCCUCUCUGGACUUCUCUGUCCAGUCCUCAGAAGACGGACGCGGUUUGUUCUUCCGCAAGGACCUGGACACCAUUUCUCAGGACAGCAGGAACGGUGAACUAUUUCCUCUGCUAAUGGGGCCAGCAGCCAAGGCUGCCGUGCACAAAGGGGCCAUGAGUGAGCCAGUGAAGCGAGCCCACAGAGUUAAAAUCCAGGAACCGGCAGAGACAAGGAGAGGGGUCUUCAGCCGGAUGUCCUCCACGGACUCCCACCACACCGCUCCCUAUGCGAAGGCGGACAGCUUUGACUUUGAGACCUCGCCCCAGGGUUCUAGUUUCGAUCAGCCUGACAGCCAGAAUCGAAUCCAAGAAGAGCUGGAGAACGAACCCGACGACUCAAACGGCUCCGAGCGAGAGACAGUUCAAACGUUCGAACCGGAGCAGCCUGAACCACCUGAGGAAUUACCAGAGCCAGACAGGGUCACUCCCAUCGGACCCCAACAACCGGCCGAAACUCAAAGUCGGCCCGACUCACCCCCUCGGCCUCGGCCCAUCGCACGGCACGCGCUCCCGCCCGGAACCAGCCUCCCUCCGCCCGUCCCUCCGUCGUCCCCUGCCAGGGUGAGACGAACUCUAGAGGCGUCUUCAAGACCCCGAGCGCCCGCCAACGCGCGCUCACACAGCUGCCCCCGGAGAACGCCCGCCUCUCCCCAGACGCCGGUGGCGAGGCGGCAGCCCUCGGCGCACUGGAAGACGCAGCGAAACCACAGCCAGACGAGGCCCAUCCCCAACGGCCUGUGCCUGUCCGACAGCACGUCCGUCAGCAGCGAAGGCAGCACCGACAGCGGGGAGUUUGUGGCGUCCGGCGUGCCGGAGAAACGCGAGGGGACGCUGCAGAGGGAGAUGAAGGCCCUUUUUGACCAGAAGAUGAGAGAGAUGCACUGUAAAUCGCCACUUUUUCAAAAUAGUGAGUCAUAGGGGAUACCAAUUCACGGAUGCAAAAUGAAGUUAAGUGACUUCAUAAAGUUGUAGUUGUGCUCUAUUUUAGAUUAGAACGAUAUCUUCAAAGACACAGGAGAAAAAAGAAUGACAACAUAUCACAUAAAGAUUCAGAGUAAGAAGUUUAGAUUUUUUUGAAUAGAUCAGUAGGACGACACCACACAGAAUUCCUUGAUUAGACAGUUUUUUAUUGUUGUAAUGUCAGCACAGCUUUCAAGCAUGAUCAUUUUUUAUUGUGGAUGUUACGUAAUGCCAUUGCCAACUGUACAAAACAUGUUAAUUUGAAUAACAAAGUAGGUACAUGAGCAUUAUUUGUUAGUUGGAUCUUUUUAAUAAUUGUUUUUUUUAAUAUUCAGCAAUUGCUUUUUCAUCAAAAUUGUAGCAUUCUUACUUGGAAAUCAAUACAAUUAGUAAUUUAAUAAAGGUUUUAUCAUAUUAAGUGAUUUCUCUUUUUUUUCUGAUGUAUCGUUAGAACUACGAGGUUCAAAACCUACAGAUAAAUUAAUGUCCAUGUCAAAGUACUACAAGACAAUGACAAGAUACGUCGUAUCUCCCUAAAACCAAGGUGAUAUAUUCA